CGUGAACAUGCCCCGUGCGUCCUCGGGCUGGGAGAAGAGUUUUCUUUCCAAGGAGGUCAAAGCGAAGCAGGCGAAGGGCGCCGUCGUGGUCUACGGCCACAGUCGGGACGGGUGCGAAGUGGCGUCCCACAUUGCCAACCUGUUUCAAAAGGCCCGGGGCAAGGACAGUGGGAACGAGACCAAUGUGUACUGCUUGGAAGGCGGAUUUGACAAAUUCGUCCGGGAUCUCGGGGCCCACGGCACCAACGGCGUUUUUGCAGGAAAGAAUCUGUCCCAGGCGGUUUUGUCCCGCACGUCCAAGGAACUCACGAAGCAGCAACAGCACCGACCGGGCUUUGAUCAACGCCAAAAUAUGGACCACGACCCUGAGCAGCAGGCCGGUCGUCCUCGUCGCGCGGCACCGAAUAAAACUACGAAGAUGAUCGUGGAGACCAUGUCCACACCCAUUGCGGAGCGUAGCUGCUUGUUCGAGAUGAUCCAGGAGCAGGUUUCUGAUGCUUUCAACUGCUACGUCAAGGACGUGAAGGACGAGCUUCUCUACAACCCGUGGACGGCUGCUCCGGUGCCGACCAAGCAUUCUCGAAGGGGAGGGGGUGCGAGCGGGAGUGGAACCACCGGACG